AAAACACCUAAUCGAAAAACCCUCCUUAUUUCUUUUUAAUUUUUUUUUCAGAAAACCCUCGUAAUUUUUUUUCCAAGUAUUCGUUCAUGUCGUCCAACAAUCCAUCGCAGCUCCUGCCGUCAGAGUUGAUUGACCGAUGCAUUGGGUCGAAAAUAUGGGUGAUAAUGAAGGGCGACAAGGAGCUGGUGGGUACCCUCCGCGGCUUCGAUGUCUAUGUUAAUAUGGUGUUGGAAGAUGUUACUGAAUAUGAGAUCACUUCUGAAGGACGCCGUAUUACAAAACUUGACCAAAUCUUGCUCAACGGCAACAACAUUGCCAUAUUGGUCCCUGGUGGCUCACCUGACCCGGAAUGAGGUGCUUCUUGUUUUUCUGUGGCAUCCUACUCCUGCUGCGAUGUGUUUGAUGAACGGCUUCUGUUUGAAAAAGGAAGGCAUUCAAACUCUGGGGGAUCGAUCUAUAUUUCUUGUACAAGCCUGAUGGUAUGAAACUGUAGUAGUUUGAUGUGGUGAUCAUAUGGAUAGUCUCUGCUACUUCUUGUUCAUUAUCUGACAAUUCAAUUCUAAUAUUUGAGGCUUAGUUUUGUACUGA